GUCCGGCGCGCGAGCAGCAGCAGCUGGAGCUGGAGCUGCAGGCACAUCUGGAUCAGGACUAUUAUUGGAUGUGCUCCAGUCGAUACGUGCAGAUGAAGAGGAGGAGAGGGGACGUCACCGCUGAAUGAAACGGAGAGGACCUGAACUCGGGCGCUUGCUUUCGUGCAGUUUACAGAGGAGAGGACAGGAGGCUGUCAGCGUCUGUCCAGAGAGACGGAGACGGAGACAGAGAGCUGCAGGUGAUCCAAGCAGAUUCAUCCAGCCCUUGUCCUGUUCAUGGCAAAGAUGAGCUGGACUGCUGGGACUCAGUGUGUGGCCAAAGGAGACCACAGAAAAGCCAAACCUGGAGAACUUGCCUAUCACAAAGGAGACAUCUUCACUAUUGUGGACAUCAGCACGAGGAAGGGUUUUUACAAGGCCAGACACAACACCACAGGGAACGAGGGGCUCAUCAACUCCACCAGUGUCCGGGAGAGAGAGGCUCUACGUGUCAACCCCAGCCUCAGCCUCAUGCCCUGGUUCCAUGGGAAGAUCUCUGGUCCAGAGGCGGUGUGUAAGCUGCAGCCGGCUGAGGACGGCCUGUUCCUGGUGCGAGAGUCGAUCCGGCAUCCCGGCGACUACGUCCUGUGCGUCAGCGUCUCUGGAGCAGUCGUCCACUACCGAGUGAUUUAUCGAGACAAACAGCUGACUAUCGACAGCACGCAGUUUUUCUACAACCUUAUCGACAUGAUCGAGUUCUACUCGAAAUACAAAGGCUCCAUUGCUACGACUCUUCUCAAGCCCAGACCAAAACAAGGAGCCAAGUCGGCUGAGUUGGAGCUGUCCAAAAGUGGAUGGCUGCUGGAUAUCGCAAAGCUCACACUGGGGGAGAAAAUCGGAGAGGGGGAGUUUGGUGCUGUACAUGAAGGAGAGUACAUGGGCCAGAAGGUGGCAGUAAAGACCAUUAAAUGUGACGUCACAGCCCAGGCCUUCCUGCAGGAGACAGCAGUUAUGACGAAGCUCCAGCAUAAGAACCUGGUGCGUCUGUUGGGCGUCAUUCCUCACAAAGGGCUCCAUAUCGUCACAGAGCUCAUGAGCAAGGGAAACCUCGUUAAUUUUCUCAGGACAAGGGGACGUUCAGUUGUCACCUACGCUCAGCUGCUUCACUUUGCACUUGACGUGUGUGAAGGGAUGGAGUACCUGGAGUCUAAGAAGCUGGUUCACAGAGACUUGGCAGCUCGCAACGUCCUGGUCUCUGACGACAGCGUGGCCAAGGUCAGCGACUUUGGUCUGACCAAGCUGGACUCCAAGGUGUCAGACAACAUCAAGCUGCCGGUCAAAUGGACCGCCCCCGAAGCUCUGAAGAAAGAGAAAUUCUCCACAAAGUCAGAUGUCUGGAGUUACGGUGUUCUUCUGUGGGAGAUCUUCUCAUACGGUCGACUGCCGUACCCGAAGAUGUCUUUGAAGGAGGUAAAGGAAAGAGUGGAGGGAGGUUAUCGGAUGGAGGCUCCAGAAGAUUGUCCUCCUGGCGUUUACUCCCUAAUGACCAUUUGCUGGGAGCAGGAGCCGCGCAGAAGACCUGCCUUCCACAAACUGAGGGAGAAACUUGAGCGGGUGAUGGGGACACACAGCCCGGGCCCUGGGUCAGAGCGUCGGGAUGGGAUCCAGUCUGGCUCGGGAUGCUGAUCCUGGUCUUUAACUCCAUGGGUGGAAACAACUAACCCACUCAUUAUGCAUCACACAAAAAGAUCCAGCGUAAAUGUUCCUUUGCACCCAACAGUAUAACGGGAUCCUUUGGAUAUGAUGAGACAAUGAUUCUGGUCUGAUGUAAUGCCAGAAAAGAUUUUAUAGUUGGAUGCUUGAACAUAAUAACUUUGCUUCAGUGGGUCUGAGCGAAGCAAAAAUGGUUGAAUCAUAUCCUGACGUGGUCAUUUUAAUACUGAGGCUGUUGGAUGGAUUUUCAUGAGACAGAUAAUCCUCCUCCUCGGAGGAUAAAUCCCAAUCAUCGUAAAGAUCUCAACCACUGGAUGGAUUGCCAUGAAAACGUGCACACACGAUUAAUUCUGAUGUUCACUUUUAUGGCUUAAUACCUUUGAAGCAAUGGACUGUAUUUCAAGAUGGACAAAAUGACAGAUCUCUAAAAGUGAAGCCAAAGCGGUUUUGAUCACCACCUGGUGGCUGGCUGCAGUACAUAUCAUAGAUCCUGCCCCCUCCAUGGUAGCAGCUGUGAAUGAGCAAAACUCAAAGGUCAAACAUAAACGAUUGUUUUUGUCACUUUAGCUCUAUCUUAUCAAAAUGUUAAUUUUAUGCUAUAAAAAUGAUUGACAGCUGAGACUGACUCCAAAUUGGUUGAGCGUUGAGCGACUGCUGCUGCUCAGACUCUAAAUACACAUGUUCCUAUCCAGGAUAUUUCCUUUCUUUUCCGGAUAGUGAGAGGAAGUGAAGACGCGUCCUUACAGUGUUGAUUUCUUGUCUUUUCUUGGGAUUUAUUGACAUUUAGAAAAACUCAAAGCACCAGUAUCACCCUUAAGCAAUAUAGCAAUGCAUUAGGGUGAUACAGUCAAGUCUUAUAAUGUGUUUUGAAAUGUUUUCACAUUGAUUUAAAAUCUCAUGAUGAUAUGUCAGUUGUUUGAAUGUCAGGUCUAAAAUGUGGAGUACAAAGUGGUAAUUUGCAGGUAAUGUCAGGGAGAGACGUCAGAAAAUAGAUGAAGUGAAGAAAGAAGACAAAUGGUCAUCCUGGGUUUAAUCCCCAGAUCACUACAAUCUGCUUGUAUCCCCAGCAUUAGGCUCACGGAAUCAGGGCUUAGUACGACACAUUUUUUAUGUCAUUUCUGGUCGAUAACAAGUAAAGUUGGUCUUAAAAAAAAAGAUUAUGUUUUUGAUAGAUGAUUGGGAGAAGUGUGGCUGCUCAUUUUCAGAAAAUACUCUUUAGUCCUCAAUACAGUAGCUUCUUGACUUCUGUGAAUGACAGAUAAUAUUAACUCAUCUAAGAAACCAAGCAAUUUGUUGCCACUUUGUGCUCCACACUCUACUGGUCAGGACAAUAGAGGGGAUUAUUUUGAUUCAUUUCUUUAAAUUUUGAUUCAGCGUAUUUAAACUGAAUUUGUUUUGUCAGACUUAAUCUAAAGGACAUUCGUUAUUUAUUACUCAUUUCUGUUCCGUCUGUAUUUGGAUUUUGAGAUUAGGAACGACCUCGUGUUAUCUGCUUUCCACUUCUCUCAUCUCUAGGGAGCUCUUGGGACUUUUGCGGGUACAGAAUGUUUCAUGCUUUCUUAUUCUUCCACUGGAGUUUUAUUAUUUUACAUAUAAAGUUAAAUUAUUAUAUUUAUUAGAGGACAUAUAUCACUAAUAUCACAUCGAAUAGACAUGCAAUGAAAUGUAAGAUUAAUACACUUUUCAAGCUCAUCACAUGCCACAUUCGAAACCUCCUUUUUUGGAUUAUUGUCACGUCACAAGACUAAAUUAAAGAUGUCAUUUCACUUUAA